GAACUGACAGCGGCGCCAUUGGACCGCGACACGACCACGCAGCCCCUCGGACCCGCCGCCCUCGACCCGUCAGCGCCCGUCGGCGGGGACUGCCACCGUCACCCUAACCAUCACGACGACGACGUUGCCGUCGCUGCACUUGGCGCCGCCAUGCCCAAGGUCAAGGCCGUCUACGACUACGCGUCGCCGCACGAGGACGACCUGAGCUUCCGCACGGGCCAGAUCAUCACCGUCACCGAGGAGGAGGGCGACGACUGGUACGUCGGCGAGUACGUCGACGACGCGGGCACCAAGCACGACGGCCUGUUCCCGCGCAACUUUGUCGAGAAGUAUGAGCCCGCCCCGCCGCCGCGCCCCAACCGGGCCUCGCGAUACAAGCCCGACCCGCCUGCCGUAGCACCGCCUGCCCUCGACGCCCGCCAGCAGGACCCGCCAGCCCCCGACACGCCGCAGAGGGAGCCCGAGCCGCUGCAGCCCGACGAGCGUGCGGCCCCCAAGCCCCAGCCGCCGCCGCUGCAGGUGCCUCCCCCGGCCAAGCCCGAGCCCUCGCCCAUGUCGCCCAUGUCGCCCCCGUCGGCCUCCAGCGUUGUGUUGCCUGCCGCCUCGCAGGCCCCGAGCCAAGCGCCCAAGCCCGCCCCACCCGCCCCCGCCGGGAAGAAGCCGCCGCCCAUCGCCGUCAAGUCCAACGCCUUCCGCGACCGCAUUGCCGCCUUCAAUUCGCCCGCCGCCGCGCCUGUCCAGCCCUUCAAGCCCGCCAACACGACCUUCAUCAAGAAGCCCUUCGUGCCGCCGCCCCCGAGUCGCAAUGCAUACGUCCCGCCCGUCCGCGAGGCCCCGCCCGUCAAGACGUAUCGCCGUGAGGAAGACCCCGAGAUCCAGGAGCGCCAGGAGCAGAACCAGGAGGCUGCCGAGAAAGCAGGCCUCGUUGCCCACGACGCCCCCAAGCAAGAGGGCGGCGAGGAGGACAGCCAGCCCAAACUGAGCUUGAAGGAGCGCAUCGCCCUCUUGCAGAAGCAGCAACAGGAGCAGGCCCAGCGCGCUGCCUCUCCCGUCGUCAAGGAGAAGCCCAAGAAGCCGCCCGUCAAGAAGAGGACCGAGUCGUUUGAGGCGGUCCAGGCCGAAGACAGCGAGGACACGGAGCUGGAGAAGGUGACGAGCGCGGGCUCCAAGGCCUCCGCCGACCACGCCCGGCCGCCACGAGUCCCGCACGACAUCAAGCCGCCGGAAUCCCAUGCUCCACACCAAGACAUGCUCAGCGACGCAAACGACGCCGACCAGUCGGGCGCCGACAACACCGAAGACGCAGAGGCGACGUCGACCAGCGUCGAAGAGGACGAGCAGCAAGCGAAGCGAGCGCAGCCGCCCCCACCUCUGCGAGCUCCCGCCGCGCCCCUGAAAGAAGCAGACGUUGGAGACGAGCAAGACGUUACCGAGGAAAAGCCAGGAGAGCAAGAGGCAGAAGAAGAGGAAGACGAGAUGGAUGCCGAGACGCGGCGCAAGCUGGAGCUAAGAGAGCGCAUGGCCAAGAUGAGCCGCGGCAUGGGCAUGCCAGGCAUGUUCGGCGGCGUGCCCAUGGGCGGUGUUCCUCCUCCACCAAAGAAGAAGAAGCCCACGCUGGAGAAAAAAGCCGAAGAGGCCGACGAGCAUGCCGUCCCACAGCAGCGUGUGCCCAUGUUCACCAUGCCUGUCAUCCCAACCGUCAAGAGCCCUGAGCAGGAGAACAGACAGCUAGCUGUCGGCAAGGAGGACGACGUCUCUCACGCCAUCACCGACUCUCGCCCAGCAGACGACGUUGUCGACGUCGAAGAUGUCGUCUCCCAACCUCUUCAAGAAACACCCGUGGGCGAGCGUCCUCCCCCGAUCCCAACAGACCGACGGCCAGCACCACCCCCAAUUCCCACGUCCGACAGGCCAACGUCGUCUCCAGCACCCCCGUCCGUUCGACCGGCGCCACCGCCACCUCCGCGACUCACCUCGCCUGGUCCUGGAUCUGAGUCUGGCGAUGAGAUGACAGAUAAUGCAGCAAACAUCAUGUCACCCAGGUCCCCGUCUGCUCCGUUCGCGCCGCCAUCGAAGCGCCUUUCGUACUUUGGAUCAGACGAUCAGGCUCAGAGCUCACCCGAGAGACGCGUUCCGCCCAUGUCCUUGGCAAGUCCCACCUCGCCAUUGGCUUUUCGACCACCUCCACCGCCCCCACCUACGGCUGCACCGCCUUCUCGUCACGGAGACGUGCCCACAAAGAAAUUCGACCGCGAGGGCGAGACCGACUACGAGGGUGAUUACGACACCGACAUGGCAUCUGGAGCACCUCACAAGGAUGCUUUGAAAUCUCAUGCUAGGGAAGCAAGUUUGGACGGCAAUGUUCAAGUCGACGAAUCUCAAUCUGCACGAUCACCUACUAUACCAUUCAGUCCUACCGUGUUUCCUCCCAUAGUGCCUCGUGCUGGUCCACCUCCACCUCCGCCGUCGUUUGCUCCAGGCCGCCCCUUGGCAGACGUUCCUCGUGCGGCUCCGCCGCCCCCACCUGGGCCUCCGCCUCCCCGGAACGAACCCGACGAAAACAACGAGGACUACGACCCCUAUCGUUACAUAGCACCUCCCACAAACGCGGUGCCUGCUGUUCUCACAGGCGUGCCCCCGCGUCCCCAGAGCCAACCGCCGCCACCGCAAACUCGUCCACCACCUCCUCUACCUCCAUCAAUGCCGCCAAUGCCGCGUCCCCAGCCCACCGAAUCUUCUGAAGAUGACAGUCCGUACUCUGCACCGCCCCCACGAAUGUCCCAUGAGCGAGCACCGCCUCCCCCACCUCCAGCUCAUCCUCAUCAAUGGGCUCCUCCGCCUGCAACACCCCAGGAACGAGCUGGUCCCCCAUUACCUCCUCAACAGGAACGAGUUGGUCCUCCACUGCCUCCCCAGAUGGAACGAGUUGGUCCUUCACUACCUCCUCAGAUGGAACGAGCUGGCCCUCCACCGCCCCCUCAGCAGGAGCGAGCCGGUCCGCCACUGCCGCCUCAGGAGCGACCUGGUCCACCACCACCUACUGAAUCCCAGAUUUGGAGACCUCCAGUGGCCAGGAAGUCACUCGACGUGACUCGUACACUCAUCAGCCGAGCGUCUUCCGACCAGGUACGGCCAUUGACGAAUCAAGACUUCAUUGCCAGUGAUGUUGAUCUCGGUGCUUCCUCUCAAUGGUGGUCGCAACCUAGGGUCCUGCCGCCUUCUAUUCAAAAUCGCAAGGACGUUCUUGUGGACAUGGAUGGCUCGCAGUCUGAGGGAAUCGUGGAGAAAAUUGUAUCUGUCCUGUACAUGGACUAUUCGCAGACCAUCAUCUCUGCGCGUUUUCAUGAAACCAAUCCAUCUGAUGUCCAAUUGGAGCAGCGCCACGAGCCGCCACCUUCUCAACAACGCCCAGAUCAACUUGAGAACGCGUAUGAGCAAUUCGGUCGCAAGAUUGCCAAGGACGUCGAAUCGAAGCAAAACACUGUUUUUGGAAACGGCACACCUCACGGACUCAUCGACGAGCUGUUGAAGCCGUAUCAGGAUGCGUUAUCGCCUGUCUCGACCCGCUCCUUUGGUGCGCUGGUGUACGCUAACCUUGCCAACGCUGCCACGCAGUCAUACGACGAGAUCCGCCCUGGCGAUAUCAUCAGCUUCCGUAACGCAAAGUUCCAGGGCAAAGCAGGGCCUAUGCAUGGAAAAUACGCUGUCGAUGUGGGCAAGCCCGACCAUGUCGGUGUUGUCAUCGAGUGGGAUGGAAGUAAGAAGAAGGUUCGGGUUUGGGAGCAGGGUCGUGAGCACAAGAAGGUCAAGCCCGAGAGUUUCAAGAUCGGAGAUUUGCGAUCUGGUGAGGUGCGUGUAUGGCGAGUAAUGAGUAGGAGUUGGGUUGGGUGGAAGUGAAGGAGCAGUUAUUGCGAGGUGAUGGGGGUUCGUAGGGUUAGUGUAGUGUAGUUUUGUGUAUGCAUGGUUGUGGUCACAGAUUUUUGAA